UACUCAUUCAUCUCCAAUAUUUCAUUCAUUAUUUUCAUGGGAAUUGGGUUGUUUUUGUGUCCACAGUGUGAUUAAAACGUAAUUGAUAUGCCAAUUAUGCCAAAAUAGAACUCAGACAAGCAUUUUAAAUAGCAUCCUGGCGGAAUAAAACAUUUUACUUGUGUUAAAACAGUUAAUAACCGACCGACCUUGUGUGCGCGAACGUAUGUUAUUUUGGUUGGCAGAUUGAAGAAAAAGUGGAUUAAAUUCUUAUUUGAUAGACUCAUUUAUCAGUCUAGUUUUGUGCAACCGUUGGUGUAAACUCUGAAAACAGUGUGUAUAGAUGGAUUAUUCUUGAGACUGAAGUUCGGCAGUAUUAUGUUUGCUUUUGCGUGUGGUAAAUACCACCUGGAGAGUAGGCGAGCGUUGUCGUGCUCAUCAUGACUAUGUUCCCUUCGUCUGGAACAGGUGCAGGGCCUCAACAAGCGACUGGUCAGGUCGCUCAAAAUGGGAGCACAACACUGCCGAGAUCUCACCAUCAUAGGACAGGUCGGCCACCAACAGCUCCCAAAUCUUACGACUAUCUACUAAAAGUGCUCCUUGUUGGCGAUUCUGACGUGGGCAAGCAAGAAAUCUUGCAAGACUUGGAAGAUGGUUCUGCUGAUUCACCAUUUUGUAGUGGCAGUGCAUACAAAACUACAACAAUAUUGUUAGACGGCAAAAGAGUGAAACUUCAGUUGUGGGACACAUCUGGACAAGGCAGAUUUUGCACCAUCAUACGGUCGUACUCGAGGGGGGCGCAAGGAAUCCUACUUGUUUAUGACAUCACCAACAAAUGGUCUUUCGACAGUAUUGACAGGUGGCUCGAGGAAGUUGAAAAGCAUGCUCCGGGCGUACCGAAAGUAUUAGUCGGGAAUCGUUUACACCUAGCUUUUAAACGACAAGUCCAAGAGCGUGAUGCUGAAUUGUACGCUGCAAAAAACCACAUGGCGUUCUUUGAAGUCAGCCCCCUGUGCGACUUCAAUAUUAGGGAGAGUUUUUGUGAGCUGUCGCGCAUGGCUCUGCACAGGAACGGCAUGGAAAGACUGUGGCGAAGCAACAAAGUGCUGAGCCUGCAGGAGCUGUGCUGCCGCGCGAUCGUGGCGCGCACGUCGGUGUACGGGCUGGAGCGGCUGCCGCUGCCGACGGCGCUGAAGUCGCACCUGAAGUCGUACGCGAUCUCCGCCGCGCCCAGCCGCAGCCGCGCGCGCCCGCACAAGCACGCGCACCACGCGCGCCUCAACUGCACCGGCCGCAACUCCUGCGCCAUCGCUUGAGCACUCGCACGCACCGCAAGGAACUACUCUCAUUGGAUGGCACCACGAUGUCUCAAACACAUGUCGGGAUUAAAUGAAAGGUCUGAUCCAAAAUAUAAAAGAUCCACGACAUUAUCAAAUAUGACUUAAUACACUAAAUAUUCUGAAAUUUAACUCUCAUUGAUUGCCAAUACUACUUUAAACCAUACGUCCCUCUGGUUUUGAUGUAUUUUUCAUACUAGGAGUAUAAUAUGGCUUAAUGGUCCAUAGGUGACGAAAAGUAUUUGGAUCGGAAUUUGUAAAUUGUAAAAUAAAUAUAAUAUUGUAACAUUAUUUUUAAAUUUAUAACCUCGAUAAAUAUUCUAGGAUCUUUAAUUGAAUUGUUAAUUAUAUUAACUUAUUCAAUACUAGUUCGAAUAUAGCACUCAGUUCAUUAAAUAAACCUACCUUAUAUCCUUCAUAACUCAUCUCAAUUAUAAUUGCAACCAAUUACAUCAAUAAGGUGUGUAGUUUCAGUAUAAAUAAUUGUUUAUAACUGCCAGUAUAAUAUUAUUAUUCCGUGUAUUGCAGACAGUAAAAGAUAAAACGUUCCUCAGAUGUUUAUUAGCAUUGUAAAAAUUUAUUUGAGCAUAGAGCUUAUUCAUUUAUUGCGUAACUGGCCGACUACUGAAUUAUCCUAACAUACAAUACAGGCUGUAACUGACAACGGAUUUGUGACUAGCUAUUAGAAUAGAAUAAGGUAUUGUUACUUAACAGAUAUGUGAAUUAAGUGUUAUUUAAUUAUAAUAUUAUGAUUGUCAAUAUUUUGUGACGUUGCGACUGGCGUUCCAUUUGUCUAUGAUUAUUGUACGAAGUUUGACUGUGUACCUACUAUCUACUAAUAACAUUAUACCGUGCCUAGUGACAUCGUUAGAAACCUGAUUAUACAACGGGAGUGCCAUGAAUGUACUUCUGGCGCGCGAUAAUAGAAAUCCCUCUGCAAAUAUCAAACCAAUUUUUACUUACCAUUUAAGUGUAAUUAAUCGAUUAUUAUAAUUUAUUAUUAGCAUGCUUUCAUUAUAAGAAAUUUUAAACAUAUUAUAUUCUUUGCUUCACCUUUGCAUACAUUUAGAGUAUUAUUAUUUUGCACCCUUAAAUAUGCAUCGGUCUUGAUAAUGUGUAGCUUUCAUAUUGUACAAGUCACUUAUUGUCCACUAUUGUAAGGUGUUUAGUUGGUAAGUUCUUAUAAUGUGUAAAUACUUUGGCUAUAUUUGUAAUUAUUCUAUGAGCUAAUUGCAUACCAAAAGUUCAGUCUAAAUUGUUGUCUUAAAGUAUUGGCUAUUUUCAGAUAUAUAUUAUUUACAAUAAGUUAUUGUUUAGGGUAUUAGUCAAAGUAGUCCGCACGUCUGAUAUAUUGUAUAUUUUCUAUAUGGUUGUGUAUGUUUUAGUAUAUGAUGGAAUAUACGUAGUGUACGCUGCAUUUAAAUUUUCAGUUUGUUAUAAUCAUCGCAUUGACACAGUUUCAAAAUCAAGCAAUCAAUGUGACAUAAGUACUGAAUCAUGUCAAUAGCACUAAUUUGGUUCAUUCCGUCCCUAGUAAAUAACGAAACUGAUGUUAAUUGUUUAUGGUAAUCGUCACUACUCAAGUACUCACCAUCCAGAUUUACUUAAUGUACGACUCACAAUCUAAUAUCUUACUGACGUUUCAUUAUAAUAUUAUCAAUUUAACAUAACAUUGGUUUUGGUAUGACCUUAUACAAAUAUUUACCGUCAAUAUUAAAUACAUUUGUAAAUAUUGUGUUACUCCUUUUCAUAUUAUAUAUUGUGAUAAAUUUUAGUUUACAGUUAGCGCAUAAUCCAAAUACAACUAAUGCCAGCUAAAAGUUUGGAUUAGGUCGAUACAGUCAUAACUUUAUUAUAACGCAUUACAGUAAGUUGUGAAAUUAAACUAAUUUAUAAUA